AUGGAAGUGAAAAUGCAGCAUCGGUCACGGGCACACAUGUUCCAGAUACAGGUCAAAGCGCUGAUCAAGUCGCUGAAAUGUCUGCAGUCAGACGAUAAAUACCAGGCACUGUUGUUUCUUAUCUCGGCCAUCAAGUUGUACGUCAAGUUCCUGUACAACGAUUGCCAGGAACGGCUGUGCAAGCCAGCAAUACUCAAAGAGUUGAACAAUAUCGAAAAUGUGAUUGUGGUGAACCUGCUCAAAUCGCGAAGCGCGCCUCCGUCAGGCUCAUCCUUAUCGGUAGCCACAGGCCACACGACCGUAUCAUCGUACGGCGAUGACAUUGUGGGCAAAUCCUGCCUCGACAUUGACACCAGCACAAGUGUACGCUGUACGGAUGUGUCGCUCGGUAGCGAUGGUUUGUUGUUGAUGCACCCGCACCGAACCCAUGGUUCCUCGCUUGCACCCUGGGACCUUCGGGGGAAGCUUCUGCGGGGCAAUCUCUUCGAUGGACUACCACUGACCGGCAGCGUGGAACUAGGAAUACCGAAUUCGAAUUAUACCAGCAGAGGUGGCUCGUUGUUAAAAACAGGCCAACGGGUGGCUAGUGCGAAUCGAUGGUUGGGAAAUGUGCGAAUGAAUCGCGCGCUGGUUCGUCUGAUCGCAAAUCACGAUUUUAAACUUCUGUUCAACAUGUUCGAACAAAGUAUCUUCCCUGCGUGGAAAAUAUACAAAAAUGAACGAAUAUUUGUUCGAAAACGGCCCGCCCUAACGACGGUAACGGUACGCACCUCGCUUCCCGCCAUUUGUUACGGCAGUGGAUCGUCACACUCGCCACCUGCAACGUACAUCAAGAAGGAGGAGUUCGAUUUCGAUCCUCCGUACUCGAUUGCCGACGACCACUGUUUCGAGGAGAUCAAGGACGAGGACGACGAGGACCUGUUGCUAAUGAAGGAAGACGAUUCGAUUGACAAUUCGAACGAAAUCUUCUCGGAGGAGGAAUCUUCGACAAACAACACCUCGCUAAUGCUAUCGUCCGACACCAACACGCUGGAUACGAACGAUUCGAGCAUGGUUUCGCACGAGCGCAACAAGGAACAAGUGUACCAGUGCUUAUUAUGUGAUAAAAGCUAUAGGAAACGCAAAUCUCUUGUCAUCCACUUCAGCCACCAUCCGGGAUUUUGUCCCGAUUGUGGCAAGCAGCGAGGAGUAACCUCCGAGGAAAUUGUUGAGCACAAUCGAAUCUAUCACAAAAAUCGGCCUCACAUAUGCGAGCACUGCGGAGAAACCUUCACCCGGAAUCAACAGUAUCAGAUACACGUCCAGGGACAUUUUAUAAGCAAAGAUAGAGUAGCGGAGCAAAAUUGUAAAAAAACUCACAAGUACAGCUGUAAAACAUGCGGUAUCGUUUUUAAUAAUCAGAAAUAUCUCGAAAAGCACAUCCAGAAAACCAACCACCAGGCGGAAGGUUUGGUGUGCGAUAUUUGUAGUGCAAUAUUUUGUAACAGUAUCAAACUCAGCCAGCAUGUAAGCCGUACUCAUCACAACGUGUUUACACAAAAAGCCACCUUGGAAAGGAGCAUGCUGCUGCAGGACACAAAUGUUACGGACAAAGCCUACACCUGUGAACAGUGUGGUGCCUCAUUUCUAUCUCAGCCCUCAUUACGGGAACACAUCAAAACAUCACACCCCGUUCCGGAGAACAAAUUUGAGUGCAACAUUUGCAACAAACUGUUCGCCGCCAAACGGUCCCUCAAACGCCAUAAACUUUGCCAUUCGGAUGAGCGCGCCUUCCGUUGUACGGUGGAAAAUUGUAAGGAAUCGUACAAAAAUCAAUCGCACCUUGCCCGCCACAUGAAGACUGCCCAUCACAUUGAUCCACCGUCGAAACGGUUGCAAAAAGCUAAAGCGGCCGCCGCAGCUGCAGCAGCUGCAACCAGUACAGCGAUCGUCUCAUCGGCUGAUCCGAGCUCGGCAAGCACGGAUUUUAUCGGUCACGGUGACGGUGCAACGAUGGGUGUUGGAUCGUGUGACUCGCUAAAAGGCAUUGGCAGCACGUUGAAAAAGUCGCUCGAAAGCAGUGAAAAAUCGCUCGGAGACAGUAGUACUAACUUUAGUGACAAUCUGUCGUCGUUCAAUUACGAGUUUUCCGAUACGACCGCAGGAACAUCAACCCCAGCAUUGGCAGCGGCAAUAACGACGAGCGGUGACGGUGGACCGGGUGUGAUGCUCACCGGCUCCAGCUCGUUAACGGGCAACCGUACGUCCGCUCUAACCUGUGCCGUAUCCGGACCUCAUACUGGUGGUGUAUUUAACGAUCCUGCCAUCAGCUUCAGCACGAGUAAACAGCAGCAACAACCGCAACAACAACAGCAGCAGCACAUCGGUGCAUGGCAGAAUCUCGAAUUCGCAUCAGCGACAUCGCAUCGUUCGACAACGCUUUCGGGCGGUGUGGGCAGUAUGCAACAGUUACAGGAUCCGCUGGCAACGACGGGUGCUAGCUUUCUGGAUGGUAGUGGAAACCAUCAUAUUCAAAAUCAUCAAAACAUGCAGCACCAAGCACACCAUCACGGACAAGGAUCGAUCACGAAUCAGAUGAUCAGCUCAGGCAGCAAUUUUAUGACCACAGGCAAUUUACCCGGCAGCACAAGGAGAUUCCCUCUUCCAGAGGGUAAUUUCAUGUGCGAACAUUGCGAUGAAACAAACUUCAUCAACGCUCAGCAGUACCAGCUGCACGUGCAGGACCAUUUUGCUGCUAAGGAGGGUAAAGAUCAUCCGAGCAAAAAGCUGCUACGGUUAAUUUGUAAAACAUGCAAUCUGGUAUUUGCCACUGGAGCUCAGCUCGAUCGGCACAUUCAGAAAACGAAUCAUCACACAGAGAGCAUAGCAUGUGAAAUAUGUAGUGCAAUAUUCAACUCCAACUUAAAGGUUUACCAGCACAUGUUAAAAUGUCACAAGAAUGAUAUUUGGUUUGCUUGUGAACAAUGCUCAAAGGUUUUCAUAUUGAAACAGGACUAUGACAAGCAUCAGCUAGUGCACCAGACGGUGACGGAUCGGUCGAUCAUCUGCGAGCACUGCGCAUCGUCCUUCCUCACGCAGGAAGCACUAAAGGAACAUAUCAAAAUAGCUCACUCGAUGGACAAAAAAUACAAAUGUAACAUUUGCAACAAGCUGUUCGCAGCCCGUCGAUCGCUUAAACGCCAUAAACUGUGCCACGAAGAGGAGGCAGCGUUCCGGUGUGUAGUCGACGGUUGCAAGGAAGCGUUCCGAACGGCGGCAAACCUGGCGAAGCACAAAAAGAUGGCACAUCCGGCGGUGCAUUCGGUUGCGGUUUCUGUAUCAGCAGGCAAUUUAAUGGCACACGACCCGAUCGUGGGUAAGGUCGAUGUGGGGCUUGGCUUGCCUUCCGGUGUAAAGAUGGUACCAGCCGGUACGAUGGUGUCGACCGGAGCGUCUAACGCUCCAGUUAGUAGUGUCACUAUGAAGGGAAUGGAGAAAGCGUUGCACCAUCAAGAUGUACCGAGUGUAACAAUGUCGCCGGGAGGACAGCCGAACAUGAUGGGCCAGCUCGGGGCAAAUCAAAUGAUGGCAUUAAAUUCAGGACCUUCAGGGCUUAAGACGGACGGACGAUCAUCCGCUGGCGGUAUGAUGGUGGUGCCACCGUCCAGAACGAGUAGUGCAGGAAGUAGUGUCGGGAUAGGUGGUAUUAAUAACGGUAGCAGUGGUGCUAAUAUACCCUACAACCCGUAUGAUGCAGGAGGAAUGAACUACAACAGUGUACUUGGCCCACCGCCCGGUGUCGCUACUAGUGGACCUCACCAUCCCCAUCAUCAUCACCAUCAUCAGCUUCAGCAACAGCAGCAGCAGCAGCAGCAGCAGCAACAUCAGCAACAACAGACCCAGCAUGUGCAACACCAUCCACAAGCUCAUCCUCAUUUGCAUGCUCAGUCGCAGUUUGUAGGUAUGGGUAACUACUCUUCCCGUGUGGGUGGGGGAGGGAGUGCCGCAGUCAGCAAUCCGGAACAACAACAGUCUGUUGCUAUGGCGUAUCGCAUGGGAGAAUCAGCGGUCCCCGGAAACAGCGCAACGGCAACAAGCUCUGCUAACAUUCCGUACAGCUACGGCCAGAUGAAUAAUGCCUUCGACUGGCAAGGUAUUGAAAUGGGAACCGGUGCCAAUACCGAACCAGGCCUAAUAAGUGGACCUGCUGGACAACCGCAAGGUACGCCAACCAAUAGCGGUGGUAAGAAAAAUGCUGCCAGCAAUAAAUAUUACAACGCAAUGCACGAGGCUGGAGCAGGCGCUGGCAGUGCGUCAGCGGUUGGUGGUGGCAGCACUGCGACGGGAUUUCUUUCACCGCAACAAUUGCAACAUCAGUCUCCUCAUCACACGCAGCACCUGCACCAUGCGCAACAAGCUCAACUCCAGCAACAGCAACAACAACAUCUUCCACAUCACUCCCACCAUGCGCAAGUUGGUGGGCUGCAAAACAAACCUGUUCAGGAUCCACAUAACACUCAUCAGCAACAACAGCAGCAACAUAUGAUGAAUAUGAGCAGUCAGGAGAUGCUGGGGUAUCAGGACAUGUGGAAUGCAAAUAUGAUGAAAAUGGACUUCCAAGAUGAAGGAAAUAAUGCAAACACGGCAAGCAGUGGUGCAUACAGCAGUUUAGGAAACAUUCUAAACAACUUAGAAAUGAUGGGUGGAAGCAACAGCAGUUUCGAACAGCAGCAAACUCAGCAGCAGCAGCAGCAGCAGCAACAGCAACAGCAAGGCUAUGACAUGAUAUCUACCCCACGUACAAGCUCAGACACUCACCCACAGUCGAGAGUGCAGUCUGCACAGUCACCCGCAUUAACACCACAACAAGUACAACAUCAUCAACAUCAUCACCAACAGCAGCAACAGCAACAACAACAACAGCAACAACAACAACAGUUACAUCAGCAGCAGCAACAAACACAUGCGAAAGGAAACCACUUCCACAAACAGCAACACCCAUCGCACAGUCACGCUCAAAUGCUACCGGCAGUGGUAGAACCGGGACAGAUGGUGAACCAGCACCAUCACCAGCACCAACAGCAUCAACAUCAGCAACAGCAACAAUAUUUUCAGGACCAUCAAGUGGCGCAUUCUCACCACCAGCAGCAGCAGCUUCAGCAAAUUGGUGCACCAGCCCUGGGAACGAUGCCACAUUCAAAAUCACUCGACCACUAUCAGGACGCUAAUAGUGCUGCUGCAGCUGCUGCUGCUGCUGCAUCGGCCGCCAAUAUGUACGGAAUGAAUGUGUACAUGCAGAGACACUCCAUUGAUCAACCCUAUCACUACACGAUCGCUACGCCGUACGGUGGUUCGCAAGCUGCCGUGUCGUCGACGGCUGCAAUGCAACCAACAUACGAGGGUGGACCGAUCGAUGGAAUGCUAUCGUGUGGUGUCGGCGGCGGCGUAGGAAGUAGUGCUGGGGGAGGCGCCAGUGCUGGUGUAAGUUGCAGCAGUAACAAUCAUCCUUAUAACAAUGUUCCAGGCAGCGGUCGCUUUCCACCGCUAUCGUUGCAGUACGCAACCAACACCAACUUUCCGAUGGGAAUACCGCCCGGACCGAUGUUUAUGAACGGUGGAAGCCAAAUGAAACAUCAUCAAAAUGGAAUGAUGGAAGGUUGUGCAUCAUACCGGCAUGCUGCUAUGAAUCUUGGCUACCCUUCCUACCGUGGUCCGAACGGUAUGAUGCCACCGUCUUACUAUCAGCCGGUGGACUCAUCAAUCUACGGUGGCGCCUCGAUGGCGGCAGCAGCUACUCAAACCGCAGCCUAUGGAACGGCAGCACAGCCUGGAGCGUCUAUUCUAAGCAACAAGAAGAAAAUGUACGAAGAUUACGAUAUUGCGUCUGGUGGAGUGCGCCGGAGUAACGAUACGCUACGAUCCUCCGGUAGCGGGUGUGCCAAAAAGCUCGACCGGUACCACAAAAAUUCCGAGCUACUGAUCGAUUAUGAGAGUGAUAUGUUGCCGGAAGCGUUGGCCGAAAGAAAUUUGAAAGAGCAGCAGCAACAUCAUCACCACCAUCACUAUUUACAUCAUCAGACAUCACGGAACUCACGGCAAUCGGAUUUUGACAGCUACGAAGAUGAACAGAUGCAGCGGGAACAAGAGCAGAGCAGCAAUGUAAGCCGCCGGAUCUCUAGUAAAAAUCAAGACGGAAUCGGAUGCUACGAAACGUGGAACUACGUCUAUCAAAACCUGGAAAAACAAGGCUACACGAAGGAUCUGGGUGAAAGGGGUGACUUUUUGGCGGACGAAAUGGACGACGACGAUAACCGUGCUGGUGUGAUAGAGGAAGAGGACAUUCGACGAAGGCGUCGGAAUGAAAAUGUAGACGAGCAAGACGUUCAUCACUCGGCCAGAAAAGAAUCAACCAAUGCUUCUUCAAGCACUACUCUUCGGCGUAAUCACAACGAGAAGUUAAAGGCCAUGAAACCGAAAGCGGCCGAUAAGGUGGAUGGAAUAAGUCGGCAAUCUUCAGCUGCCAUUCUCUCGUCUAAGCAUAAUGCUACCGAUGGGCGAAGACACGAACGUCAUCCUUCCUCGGGUUCGGGUGUGACUGCAACCAUGGUACAGAAAGUAUCCAAAAUGUCACUUUCCAAUACCACGACUGAUGAUCUUUUGGGUCUUGAGCAAAACGGCGAUGGUGGUAAGAAUGAACCCACGGUCAGCAGUCGAAAAAGCUCGGUAUCGAAGAAGCAAAUCACACCUCAGGGUUCAGGAUCGUCUUCAUCUACCGGUCCCAUAAUGCCUAUGAAGGAAACGAAACACUCCAGUUCGACCACAGGGAUUCUGGUCAAUAAUCACCAUAACAGCCACAAUGCGAAUAGCGGAACCGGAAACGUUUAUCAAACUGGCAGUAACACGUCGACGACGCAGGGGAAGAAGAAAACGACCACUUUCGAUACCGGCGCGGUAACGAUAAUAAACCCCAGUCCGACAGGUGGCAGUCCGGGAAACGGCGGCACACCAGCCGGUGCCGAAUGGAAUUGCAAUUUCUGUACCUACCUAAACCCGGAUGUCAAACGCAUCUGUGAUAUGUGCUCCAAGAGCCGAGACUUUCGGCUCGAUGGAACGACGACCACUAGCAAUGGGACUACUGCAACGUGUGUUUAAUUCAAGCUCCGGUACGAUGAAACUUCUCAAAAUUGGUAUUCCCACCCCCAAAGCGACCGUUUAUUGUUGGAAGAGAUUGUUUUAAAUUUUGCUUCACCGAUGUCCCCAUCAAAGAUUGGAUAAAGUUAUCUUUAUCCUAUUCUGUUUUCGCCGCUAUGGUUGUUAUUAGCUUGUGCUCGGUUGCCAUGUAUUGUUAUUCAGUUUAUUUUUAUAUUUGCUGAUAACAGUUUAGUAUAAAUUAAAAAAAAAUGUUUUUAUACCUGUCUUUUAACUUCUACACACCUCCAUUUGUUUGUUACGAUACGUUUCAAUCGUUCUAAUAAUUGUUAUAAAUCUGCAACACAUGAUAGGCUUCAUUGCACGAUUUUUGUCCUACAUAAGCUAAAGAACAGCUUAAUCGAUUACACUUCUUUGGAGAACGGAACAGAAUAGCGCGAACGUAAGCUUCAGUGCUUUUGCGCAUCUGUUUGAUGAACAGCAAUUAGAGUAAUGAGAAUUUAAACCCGUAAGAAAGAAGCGUUUUGAAUCGCAAGGAACAAUCCAAUUGGCACACAAUGCAACGAACGAUUAAAAUGCGCACGAGCGUAGGGUUUACGAAAUAUUCUCAUUAACGUUUAUUCGUUUCCAACCACUUAUUGCUUUUGUGGAGUCACAUCAAUACACAAACUCAAAACGGGUCGUAUGGUUUAACCAUCAUGUUUGUGACCGCGAUGCCUGGUGGUAAGAGACUAGAAGCUUUAAGAUUGGGAAGCCUGUGGUUGGCCGAAACAUGGAUAAAACAGACGAUUACGAUCAAACGGUGGCCACUUAUUGUAAAUGCCAAUGCGAGAUUAGCACAGAGCUAAACUAAACUAAAAACUCUACUUAACUAACAUAAAACAAAACGCUGGAUAGGAUCGACAAUCGCGCUUUUGCACGCAAAGGGUUUGCAUAUUGGCGCCUGCAAACGGCCGGUUUCUCGAGGAGAACUAUAAAUGCGAGGAGAACUUGGGAAGGGGAAACCGUGGCGCUAAACAAAUGAAGAAACUACAAUAGAUGAAUUGGCAGACAGUCAGAGAGUUGGUGGGAAAAGCAAUUAAAAUGAUGUAGGUGAGGAUUAAAUGCAACUAAUUGUUAUUUAAUUAAUUUAUCCUCCAAUAAUGAAGAAUGUAAGCAGUUGCCGUCGCGCCGGCUUUCGGAUCGUUUGAUUAGAAAUACGCUGCAAAAAGAUACUAGUCAAGUGGGUGGAGAUGAGGGCAGCAAAAAAGUGAAUACAAGCGUAUAAAGGGAUAGAUUGUACAUCAACAGUGGAUUGUUAUAUACUAUUUAAAGUUUAAAGUAUUUUUGUUUAGUUUAAAAAUCAAUGUUACUUGAGACAAAAUGCAAAUUGGAUUGAUAUUUACUGAUUAUAGGUGAAACCAAACAAGUAAAACAGAGUAAAUAACCCUACCGAGCAACCAGACAGGGAUUAUCAAAUUGAACACAACAAGAGCGGCAGAUAGCGAGAGAGAGAGAGAGAGAGAGAGAGAGAGAGAGAGAGAAAAAGAAAAACUACAUGCGAAUAGGCAUUUGCAGAGUAUUCUCUAUCUACAUUUUAUAGCAAAAAUUUCUAAUCGAUCAAACGAAUGGAAUAAACUAAAGCAAAACCACAUAUAGAGGACAACCAAAAACCUAAAGCAACCAAAUCACUAAAACAGAACUUAUAAAACCACAAGCAAACGCGUACGUAUACGUGGAUGGUAAGGUUAACGGUUAGGAACUAGAACUAUUUCUCCGUGUACGGGGAGACGAUGACGAAAUGAGAAUGAAAGUGUUUCGCAUAUUAUAGAUUUUAAUAAAACAAAAUGAUCCAUUUCUUUGUUUGCUGUUGA